CAAUUUUGGGAUUUUUGUUAAGAUAACAUGUCACAAGACAAAAACUUAACAAAGGGACUAAAAAGGGGUCAGAUUUCAAACUUUAGGAAAGGGGUCAGAUUUCAAACUUUAGGAAAGGGGUCAGAUUUCAAACUUUAGGACCAAAAAGUGGGUUUUUUAAGUAGGGGACUAAAAUGGAGCUUUUUGCCAAAGUAGAGGGACCAAAUUGGGGUUUUAACCUUUAGGCAUCACACCUAAAUCACACAAUCAAGAUUGCUUCUCACAAUCUCAAGAGAAAAGUCUUGUUGAAAAGAUUUAAUCCUCAUAUAAAACACCCAAAGACUCCUAUGUUGACCCUUAAAGUACUCUUAAUAAGAUCUAAUCCUAAUCUAAAACUAGGAAAACACACUUAGAAUAAUAAUAAUUCCAUAACAUUCCCUAAAUACAUUAAAAACCCAUUCAUCACAAAUAUUCUAUGGUCUUUUGUUUAGACUUUAGAUUUAUUUGGUGUGCUUCCAUGUGUUACAAGAGGGAUAAAGGAGUGAAGUGUAUGAUGGAAGGGUGUGUUAUAGGUGGCUUAGGCUUGCAAGAGUGGUUUAAGGGAGGAGCUUUCUUUGUAUUGCAAGGUUAUUCAUUACAUGGUCAUGUAGAUGAUAAAUUGACAAACAUUUGCAUGAUAUUGGAGGGUGAAUAGGGUAGGCAGGCAUCUGUCUAAUGCUUUUGUUGAAAGUGAUAUCUAUGUUCUUCAAAUAGGCCAAGUGAAAUUUGUGACAUCUUGUGUGUUGAGCCCAACUUGUAGUGAAUAGGCAUAGCCAGGAGUUUGAUCGGCAAUUGGUCACUCCUAUUCCUUGAUUCUUCUACUAAUCUUCCUCUUAACAGUCCAACAUUAGAACCCCCUUGAAACCUCCCAGAUGACAUGGCUAGAAAGUAAAACUAGUUCUACAACUUGUACUUGGCACCAUAGGGCAUGCAGAACUACAUAUCUUUCAUUUAUUCUUUUCCUUUGAAUUCCUAUACACUGUGAUUUUCAUUUUAAGUUGCUGUUUUCUAUGGGCACAUUGGAAAAGAAAAAUAUUUUACCAAUUCAGAAUGACACACAGUUACAGAAAGAGGUAAUAUAACAUGUUAUCAUAAGAGAAAAAUAAAAAUUAGGAAACGACAUUAACUACAUUUGGUAGGCAAGAAACCAUUUAUCUAUUUUCAACGUCUUUCUUUUCUCUCUCUCUCUUUUUUAUUUUUUGUAUUAGAGUCAUCAUCUUUUGCAGCACAUUAACCCACUAUGUUUUCAUAAGCUACCUUAGAAGAGAAAAUCAAGCAGUUAAAAACUGAGAAGUGGUUUCAAUUUUCAGAAAACUGAGUGCAGUCCGCCCUGUGCAGACUGCUCUUCUUAUAACCAUUGAUAGAGGGGUGCUGACCCCUGAUAUCUGGAACCCAUUCCUCCAUCAAUGUUUAAAAGUAUGGCAGACUGCACUACAUCACUCUUCAAUUUUAUAAUUGUUUAAAUAUUACAAAUUCGCACCCAAAAACUAUAAGUAUAGCUGCAUUUGUUAAUACAAAAUUGAUAAUAUUUUUUUGGUCUUUCAUUGAAAUAUAUGAACACUUGUUUUUGUUGGUGGGUUUAUUACUGUAGAUUUUCAAUAUUGGAUAAAGGGGUAAUUGUAGG